GGUGAUGUCGGUGCAGGUUGUGUCAGCAGCGGCAGCGGCCAAGGUGCCUGAGGUGGAGCUGAAGGAUCUGAGCCCCUCCGAGGCGGAGCCCCAGUUAGGACUGAGCACGGCGGCCGUGGGCGCCAUGGUACCCCCAGCGGGUGGCGGGGACCCAGAGGCUCCGGCUCCCGCGGCGGAGCGGCCCCCGGCCCCUGGCCCGGGCUCGGGGCCCACCGCGGCUCUCAGCCCUGCGGCUGGGAAGGUCCCUCAAGCGUCGGCCAUGAAGCGGAGCGACCCCCAUCACCAGCACCAGCGGCAUCGCGACGGCGGCGAGGCCCUGGUCAGCCCCGACGGCACGGUCACCGAGGCGCCGCGCACGGUCAAGAAGCAGAUUCAGUUUGCUGACCAGAAGCAAGAAUUCAACAAACGUCCCACCAAAAUUGGCCGUCGCUCUUUGUCUCGGUCCAUCUCUCAGUCAUCUACUGACAGCUAUAGCUCAGCUGCCUCAUAUACAGAUAGCUCUGAUGAUGAGACGUCCCCCAGGGACAAGCAGCAAAAGAACUCUAAGGGAAGUAGUGACUUCUGUGUCAAGAACAUCAAACAAGCAGAGUUUGGACGCAGAGAAAUUGAAAUUGCUGAGCAAGAGAUGCCUGCCUUGAUGGCUUUAAGGAAGAGAGCCCAAGGAGAAAAGCCUUUGGCUGGAGCCAAAAUCGUGGGUUGUACGCACAUCACUGCUCAGACGGCUGUGCUUAUGGAGACUCUGGGUGCUCUGGGGGCACAGUGCCGAUGGGCUGCCUGCAACAUCUACUCCACUCUCAAUGAAGUGGCUGCUGCUCUUGCAGAAAGUGGGUUUCCCGUCUUUGCCUGGAAAGGAGAGUCAGAAGAUGACUUUUGGUGGUGCAUUGACAGAUGUGUGAAUGUGGAGGGCUGGCAGCCAAACAUGAUAUUGGAUGAUGGAGGAGAUCUUACUCACUGGAUUUAUAAAAAGUAUCCCAACAUGUUUAAGAAAAUCAAAGGCAUAGUCGAGGAGAGUGUUACUGGAGUCCAUAGGCUGUACCAACUGUCCAAAGCUGGGAAGCUGUGUGUUCCAGCCAUGAACGUCAAUGACUCAGUCACUAAACAGAAAUUUGAUAACCUCUACUGUUGCCGUGAAUCUAUUCUUGACGGACUUAAAAGGACAACAGAUAUGAUGUUUGGUGGAAAGCAGGUGGUGGUCUGUGGCUAUGGAGAGGUGGGAAAGGGAUGCUGUGCUGCUCUGAAAGCCAUGGGUUCCAUCGUGUAUGUAACUGAAAUUGACCCCAUCUGUGCCCUGCAAGCCUGCAUGGAUGGAUUUCGACUAGUGAAGCUAAAUGAAGUCAUCCGACAGGUGGACAUUGUUAUCACUUGUACAGGGAACAAGAAUGUGGUAACCAGAGAGCACUUGGACCGUAUGAAGAAUAGCUGCAUCGUUUGUAACAUGGGACAUUCCAACACCGAGAUUGAUGUGGCCAGCCUGCGGACACCAGAACUGACCUGGGAGAGAGUAAGAUCCCAAGUUGACCAUGUGAUAUGGCCUGAUGGCAAGAGGAUAGUACUGCUGGCAGAGGGCCGUCUCCUGAAUCUAAGCUGCUCCACAGUGCCUACAUUUGUGCUCUCAAUCACUGCUACCACUCAGGCUCUCGCCUUGAUAGAACUUUACAAUGCUCCUGAGGGUCGCUAUAAGCAAGAUGUGUACUUGUUGCCCAAGAAAAUGGAUGAAUACGUGGCAAGCCUACACCUGCCCACCUUUGAUGCCCACCUGACAGAGCUAACAGAUGAGCAAGCCAAGUAUCUGGGACUCAACAAGAAUGGACCCUUCAAGCCUAACUACUACAGGUAUUAAGUUCCUGUAAUGCAAGCCAGAAGACAUGUUAAGGAAUAGAACCAAGCCUUUUCUCCACUACUAUCCAAGGAAGAACCCAGCAAGCUGCUUCUCCAAUCAGAGCUGCCCGCCGUGCUCAUCCUAUAUGUUAGGUUAUUUAUUUAUUAAAAUCUAGAGUCCUGUGCCUGUAGCCUUGGCCCAGAGUGUGGUUACUACUCCUGGGCCGUGAGAGCCACAGAAGACAGGCUGAGGAAGGAAAGAAAUGGGCUGACCAUUCCUAGCGCGUCCUUCGCGUCAUCGCCAGUAAUGGAAUCCUCAGCAAUGGCCGGUUCUCUUUCCAGGCUCAGGAGUUAGUUCAGGGAUGCCAGACUCCUUGCUACUUAGGGUUUUCUGGAAUAAAUUUCAGCAGCUGCCUUUCUCAAAGCUUUGGUCCUUUCCCAGGUAAGGCCUUUUGGAAGCCACUGAAUUAACAAGGCCUGAAUUCCCAACCUUGAUAGUUACUAUCACUGCCUUCCUUAUAAAAAGGCUGGUGAGGCAGGAGUGGUAGGGUCUUGUAAGCUGCACCAAGAACUCAGCUGUGCCUGUGUCCGUGCCUACUGGGAUCUCUUCUCUUACCCAGGACUCCUUUCUUCUCCUUGAAUACUAAGUCCAUUUCAAUGCUUUCUGGUUCUAAGAGGGUUGUGACUCCAUGAUCUUAACAGCUCUGGUGUUGGCCAGUUGUUUGUUUUCCUUUCUAACCCUACUAAACUCUGCUCAGGAAGUAGUCAGCUAGCUCCACUGGGACCCAUAGUUCUGCUUCCUUCCCAUUUAACUGGACUGGUUCCUAGGAGGCCCCCUAGAUUGGCACUGUCAGAGAAGGAGAGCUCCAUGUAAAUAGUGCUUCUGUUGUUGCCUGAAAUGACCUCUGGAACUGAGCUGGCAAAGAUGUUUGCUACAGAUUUGGGAGCUUGAGACUUUAGAGUGGGGUACAGCUUGAUAUCCUAAAGAAGCAAGUCUGUCUGUUUUCCAGGAAAGACUUUGCAGCCUGGCUGCAGAAGACAGGAAAGAGAAAGUGUGUCCAGACGAUGAAACCUAGUUUGAGGGCUGGAGGUUAGCUCCAUGGUAAAGCACUUGCCUGGCAUAGAUAAGGUCCUGUGCUCAGUCACUGGGAACUAGGGAAAGGGAUGGGGCACUAGUUUGAACCUCAUCAGACAUUCAUCCCUUUGGCUCUUGGCCUUAGUGAAAUUGAGAUCUGCAACCUGAUAGCUUAUCUUCUUUACAGCUGUUGUAUCGUUAUGAUCCGGCCCAUUCUGUUUAAGGAUUCUGUUUCAGAGAGUUUCUUAAGUAACUCCAGCAUUAUAAAGUAGUAAUGUAAACAGUGUGAAGCUUCUCAUUCUACCCGAGAGUUGGAUAUUCUCUGGAUAUGGACUGAAUGGUUUUAAGGUUUCCACUGAGAUCAGAUGGUUUCAAGAAUUAAAACCUGGAGUGACCCUAGGAAUCUUGAGUUGAAUGAGUCCCUCUCACGGCCCUCCCUAUUUAGAAGUCUUGUGUCUGUUUCCCAUGUAUCUCUUACAUUGUUCGGCUUCAAAGUCUCAAGAUCAAGGUUAUUCAAACAGAGGACACCCAGAAUCACUAAAACCUUCAUCUAGAUCUUCUCCCCUGCCUCCACCAUCUCCACUGUCCUUGGUCUUUGUGUGUGCCCCAGAAGCUAGUCUAGAAGUGUCCUUAAUUUCUAAGAUAGGGAAACAGAACUUGGGUAGGUGGUUGCUUGCCUUAUGAAAUGGCAUCCAUUCUUGCUCACCCCCAGAAGAUGGACUCUUCACAGGGCAUUAUCUGUGGCUGUAUUCUGUUGCGUAAGGAGGAUCUUAAACACUGAAGAUUUCACCAAGAUAGCCAAUUCUGUUUGUCUCAUUCUGGUUUCUUUAUUAAUAGAAUGCAUCACUCUCCCACUACCACCAAAACCUGUUUUGUUUUGUUUUGUUUUGUUGUUGUUGUUGUUGAGGUUUGUUGUUGUUGUUUUGAGAUAGUCUCACUCUGUAACCCUCUGUAACUCUGUGCCUCGUCUUAUGUCCAGAGCAGAUUCCAUUAGGCAGGUAUCUGGCUUGGACCCCCAAGUCAUAACCUGGUGAUUUUCUGCAAAGCCUUGCUCUCUGUGGAGCUUCCUAUGGCUGGUACUUACACAGUACACCCUGCCACACUAUAGGGAAGAGAUCCUGCUCCAAAUAAAAAAGGAGCCACAUGGGUUUCUAAGUUAAGUUGCACCUGGCUGCCCAUAGUGAGGUAUCUGCCUGUGAGUUGCAGAUGACAUCUAUUCCCUUCUCUCUGGAGACUUCUGUGUCAUUAACCAUUAAGAAAACAGCCAGAAAUAGGGAUAUAAGUCUGUGACAGGACACAUGAUUAGCAUGUGCCAGGCCCUGGGGCGAAUCCCCAGGACUUCGGGCUUGUGGAAAGUUGGGAAGAAAGAAAAAAGGUAGCCCAGGGCUCCUAUCUAGGUUCUGUCCUAAUGUUGGGACCAAAUCAUUGUUCUCUCUAAACUUGGAGUAAGAGCAAAUGUCUUCUUAUUCCAACUCUUCCUCUUACAAGCACUCUAGCAACCAGGAGACAAGAAAAAGAAGGCUGAUUGUCUGGUUAUGUGGCCCUGGCAGAGGGGAAAUAUACCAUUUAUCUACAGUGUAUUUGUGCUACUUCAAGGUCUUCUUGCUGUCUUAGUGGAAAUAUUGUUUCCUUUUUCUUCUUGUUAAACAAAAUGCCUCUAAUCUACCUUCCCUCUGCCCUCCUCCCUCCUCAUGUUACUCUCCUGGGAGAGCAAGGCUCCCCAUGGCCACACACUCCUGCAAAGCUUUUUUUGCUGCUUGGCUUUUCUCUGAACAGAUCUGAAAUUGCUGUUCCUGUGGUUUCCUCAGAAUUAACUUUGUCAUGGUUUAAAAAAAAAAUCAGAAUGCAUUGUUGCAUUAAGCUUUUUUAAUAAAGGAAAAUUAUGGAAAGAAAAUAGGUAACACCAGCAAAUUAUAUAUUGACAUUGACAAGUCUAAGCAUAUAUAUAUAUAUAUGCAUAUAUAUAUGUAAAACACAUACAUAUCUAUACAAAUAAUCAUCUUGUUCUUACUGUCAUCUUACUGAAGGAGCGAAGCCUCUAAGGAUCACCAGUUCUGAGAAGCUCUUGGAAAUCUUUAUGUCUAAGUGAUUGUAUUAGAUCAGCAAUAAUGACUAUGUAAUCACAAACAAUAAAAUAUUCUUAAAACUUG